UCGGCUAAUUUGACCAUACCUCUGUUUAGUUCCGGUGAAGGCCACACAAGUCGACAGUCCAACUCAUACAAUCCAAUAUUCCAAAACGUAUUUUUUCCCCAAAAAACGAAUUGCCGUCCAUGGUAGCUACAUAGAUAGGCCGUAAUCUGACAUCACAACUGAGCCUGCACAGCUCCAACAAGGCUUGAGUUCUUGCGCGUGCCCAUUGUCGACAUCAGAGUGGAGGUCGAAGAGCUGAUGAACGAAGCUUAGAUCAGGAGAAAUCUGAGAAAAUGGUUCGCGUUUGUGCCUUUCCAAAUUGCGGCAACAAAAUGAAGAGAUAUUUGUGCUUGAGCUUUCACCGUCUACCCUACCGCAACCGGGAGACUUUAAAUUUGUGGCUGGUUGCACUUCAGCUCGAUGUGAAAACUCCCUUGCGAACAUUACGUGAGAGAGAUUAUCGGGUUUGCAGCGAACAUUUUGAUGAGGACGAAUACACCGAAAAGAGCGUUAAGUCUCGGUAUCUGAAGGCAAAUGCCAUUCCAAAAGCGAAAAGACCAGCUGCAGACACAUUGCAGCUGCAUGACGCCUGGGCAGUAAUGGGCAGAUCACCUGGCCAGGUCAGAAGCACAGGCAUACAAGCAAAUGUCCCAGAGACAUGCACUGCAACCAUUGAGAAACCAACUCUGCAGCACAUUGUGGAUGAGGAGGCUAUUCUGCAGCUGAUGAAGAACUGUCCGAACAAGGUGUCUGUAAAUGCCAAGGCUCAGUCCUCACAGCUUAAUAAUACAAGUUUUUCUGAAUCCUUGGUCUCAGUCACAUGACCCAUUAGGCAUCUGAAGAGCCCAAUGUAAAAUCUGUCUUUUGAGUCUGAGAUUGGGCAUGAGCCCAGUUUAAGAUGUGCCUUAAGGUGGAUCAUUAUGCAGUUGGAAAUGCUUGUUGAUGACAAACAAUUCUGUAAAGGUUUAUGUUGAGUUGAAGCUUCAGUCCAAAGUAAUAACGUUGAACUUGCUAACAAGGAACUCAAUUAGAGUAAAGUAGUAAAAGAGGGGAUAAGCAUAGUUUUGUUUGCUAGUCUGUAGUGAAAAAUUCUGCACUGAUGUGGUAAGGUGCCAUUGUGUUGUGAAAAAAAGCCUUUUGAAUACUAAUAAUUAUAUUAUCUAGAAAAAAUAACAAAGAUCCAUGUGGUAAAUAUACAACUCUUAACCUACUUGAUGGAGCUUUCCUGGGGGCCACCUGUCUUCUCCGUCCUGGUGUGGUUUGGGAGUUACGUUGUGACCUAUGCGGGGCCUUCGUUCUAGCUAGGGACAGUCUGGGGACUUCGGAAACAUCCCUUAGUAUGGCCUCUCUGUACUGUCGCUCCUACACACACACACACACACAAGCCAAAGGCACUUAGUAAUUCACAAUAUUUUCCAAUUUCCCCAUCUUCCUCCAAGAUUAAGGCUUAUUUGUCGAGACAAAUUUCUGCUUUAAUAAGAAACAGGGAUGUGAUGUAGAAAAAGUUUUCAUAGAGUCCUUAUUGUAUUCGUACUACGGACUUACAGCUUUCUGAGCUUUAAGGCGGGCAAUGUCUAGAUCUGCUUGCUCUUUGUCUUCAUAUCUUCUUAGCUCCUUCUCAUAGGCCUUUUUCUCCAAAUACUGAAAGAGAGAGACUUGUUUAUUACUUCAUAGGUACAUGACAUGCGGACACAAUGAUGAAUAAAACCAAAGCAGCAGCAAAUUAAAUUAAUCUGAACAAAUAUUUUUAACUGACAUUGUAAUUUGAGUGAUGAAAGAGAAAUAGCUGACAAGCAAGCAAGCAAAUACACAAUGUCUUGACUUAUUUUUACUUGUUUAAAAUGUACAACCCAUGUUAAAUCCAGGUGAAAUAAAACUGAGAAACAAAUUAAGUUAAAAUUAAUUAGCUAGCACACAGGACAUUGGCUGACUUUAACAUACAGAAAUCAAUUACUUCAGCUUUAAAUCAAAGAUGUUUUUGACAGUGAAGGUUUUGCAUGUUUUUGAACUUCAUUUACAUUUACAGGCAGUUUCAGACCGACACAUAACUACUCAUCUUAGUCUUGAUUGUCCCUAAAUUACUGCUAAAAAUCCUUUCGGUCCAGCUUCAAUGUAACAUUUACAUAUAUUGAGCAUAAUGCAAAUUACAGCUAGCUUGGACAUUGUCAGUAUAUUUUAAACAGUGCAUUUAAAGGGAAAACACUAAAAAAAAAAAAAAAAACUAUGGUAAUACCUUGGUAUGUUUUCUGUGAGAUGGUCUGUGGUGUAGUUCUCCUCGCCAUGAAUGAUCAGAAGCUGCCAGGUUAGAUUGUCUCCCAUCAUCCAGACUCAUUGCCUCUGCCAUGGCAUCUUCCAACUGUCCCUGCACGGAGCGAUGGUCCCUUGGAGGGGAGGGGGAUAAGGAGCGUGUCCUGUUGGUGGAUUCAGCGUCAGACGUUCCUGGAACUAAUACAUUUUGCAUUUUUUUUAUUAUUAUCAACGGGUCUUCAAAGAUAAUGAAUGUCGUAACUGUGGGUUUACUUAGCCAUAAUUUGUAUUUACCCGUGUGUUGUCUGGGAGUCCUGCGACACUCCAUGAUGCUGUCACUGUGGUGGGACUGCUUGUCCUCUUCUCUGACUUCACUGGACUCUCCACUUUCACCUAGAACUCGUUUGAGCAUCUACGGAAAUUCAACAUCACUCAUUGUUGCGAGCAUAAACGGUAUAAUAGACAAAU